AUGAUGGAUGUCACAGAACGCCAGAUUGUGAAAGAGGAUCGCCCCGACAGCGACGAGCAGCGAUCACUAGAGGCACCUGCCGUGGUCAAUAACGCAGUGAAGGCAGAAGAGGGCUAUCGGUCACAGAAACACUCGGACGACGUAAUCAGACAAGCACAAGAGAUCGCGAUCGGCGAUGAUCACCCGGUCGGAGACGAUCAAGAGCUCGAAUUGUCAGAUCAAAAGAUACGGAAUGCUACAGUACUGAAUCGCGAGGGAGACGUGACAGGCGAGACUCAAACAAAAUCGGUGGGUCAUCGCCACGAUAGUGGUGAUUUAUUUGCGGAAGAUGUGGGCCAACAUAUGGCACUCUUGACAAAAAUAAUUGCGCCCACAAAAGAAGUGGCUAUAGAUGACAUCCAGGUUGGCGAUCCAGGUGUCACGCUGACAGACGAUCAGGAGAAGCUAAGGCAAAUGAUUUGGAAAAAUCGCCAAUUACUCAUAGGCAAAGGGAACGCCUUGCCUCCAGCUGCGCGUGGAGCAGUAUGUGACAUUGAUGUUGGAGGUGCCAAACCGAUCGCGCAAAGAGUACGACCGGUGGCACCUAAAUAUCGAGAAAAAUUGGCGGACCUGAUCAAGGGAUCAUUAUCAGCCAAGAUCAUUCAACCGUCCAUUUCACCUUGGGCUUCUCCGAUCGUGGUGAUUAUCAAGAAAAAUGGGGAGGACAUACGGCUGUGCAUCGAUUACAGGAGGGUGAAUCAGUUGACAAGACUGAUGAUAUAA